AUGGCCAAUGAUAUCUACCAUGGCAACAGUUACAACUGCACUCAUGUGGACCAGCUGAUGGCGCGGUACUACUUACCAGUCUGCUACAGCAUCAUCUUCAUCGUAGGCCUCGUGGGAAACAUAACCUCCAUCAGCAUUUACCUGACGAAACUUCGACCCUGGAAGAGCAGCGGCAUCAUCAUGGUCAAUCUGGCGUUGACUGACCUCCUCUACAUCCUCAGCAUGCCCUUCCUAAUCUUCUACUACAGCAACGGGGAUUCCUGGACACUUGGCAAAUUCAUGUGCCUCUUUGUACGGUUUUGGUUUCACUUUCACUUAUAUGGAAGUGUCCUUUUCCUGACAUGUCUGGCAGUGUUCCGUUUUGUGGUGGUGAUAAAGCCUUUGAGUGCAGCACAGAUGGAGCACAAAGUUUGGGGAAUCUCAGCAUGUGUUGCUGUUUGGGUCAUCGCGGCUGCAGAAAUCACACCCAUGCUAACAAUGAUAAAUUUGGAGAAGUACAACAACAAAACGUACUGCAUUGACUUUGCUAGUACUGUCAAAUACGCCGAUGAUGUGUGGUGGUACAACUUGCUGCUAACUGUUCUUGGGUUUCUUCUGCCCCUAGUGGUAGUAUUUAUAUGUUACAUCAGACUAGUUAAGCAUCUCUUAAAAGGGCCGUACACGAGCAGUCCGUAUCGGAUCCGGGCACGGCGUGUGAUUGUGUUGAUCCUUGUGGUAUUUGUCUUGUGUUUUUUGCCGUAUCACAUUUUACGUGCAUUGCGAAUUGAGAUGCGGAGGUCACUAGAUACGCCAUGUAUGUUGGAGCGUGUGGUGCACACGGCAUACAUUAUCUCCAGGCCUCUGGCUGGAUUCAAUAUAUUUUUUAACCUGGCUCUGUACACGCUUUCCGGGGAUAAUUUCAGGAGAGCCUUUCUCAGCAUCUUCUACCGGGGAUUUCACUUCUCUAAUGCAAGGUCACUCAUCCACCUGGCCUUCUUUAGCAAUACAGGAAGUGACCCAAACCUGCCAAUGACUUGA